GACAGGCAAGCGCGUUUUGGUUCUAAGAGCGCAUAAAAUUGUGAUGUAAAAAAGGGAAAACUCUUGUUAGUCAGUCAUCAUGGCAAACCCUAGGAAAUUUAGUGAAAAAAUCGCCCUUCACAAUCAAAAGCAGGCCGAAGAGACGGCCGCUUUUGAAAAGAUUAUGCGUGAAGUUUCAGACGCAACCAAUAAGCCUGAAGAAGUAACACUAGCAACACAAUAUGGCAUGGGUGGAGGCCGAAGUGGAGGGGCGUCGCCGUCGCGGUCUCCGACACAGCGAGGCCGAGCUUCAAGCUCUGUGGGACCUAUGCGGCGGCCUGCUGACCGCCGGCACGACACAAGCCCAUAUGGCAGCACGGUGUAUUUAAGUCCACCGCCAGACAGCAACUGGCGUCGCACCAACUCCGACUCGGCGCUGCACCAGUCGUGCGGCGACGCGCCGGCCGCGUCGCAGCCGCUGUCCCCCCACCACCCGCUCCACUCCCACGCACACCCGCACACGCAACAGAACCACCGGAGAGCCAACGACAUCCACCUGGACGUGUUGGGCGCGCUGGGUAUGAACCCCGCCAACCGGCCCCGGUCGUCUUGUGAAAUACCCAGAAUACCAAAUAAUACAAACGUGUACUCAAGUGGUGACGGCGGGGGCGGGGGCGGCGGGCUGGCGUGCGGCGAGCUGCAGGUGCCGGGCGGCUCGCUGCCAGACCUCACCUCCGUGCACUACCCCUACCUGCCCCAGCGGGAGCAAGACUACCAGAACAGAUAUCAGAGCCCCACGUCACCGGGCGCGGUGUCGCCGGCGGCGGGCAGCGGGUCGCCGGCGACGGGCGGCCUGUCGCCCGCGUCCGGCUCGCCCGUCGGCGCCACCGUGCCGCUGCAGGCCAUGCACCACCCGCACGACCACACGCAGCUCUACGAGCAGAAUCACUUAUCUGUACCAAACACAAAUAAUUAUCUCCAUCAUAAUAAGAACCAAAUGUCACCGCUAGACCACAACUGGAUACCGUCGAGUUGUUACCAAGCGCAGUGUAGUCCGCCUUCGCAAUAUUCCUCCACGUCGAAUAUCAAUAUACCUUCACCCACGAUGGUACACAGUCCAGGCAGCCCCGCGGAAUCGCCACAGACGGACUACAGUUUACACUCCACGUUACUACAGCCCUUCGAGCAAAUCACCAUGUUGGACUCGCCGGUGUCAAGUUACAACGCGACGUAUAUCAACCACAGUUCACCGCAGACAACGAAUUCACAACACACGUACCCACAGUCGCCGGGCAACUGCGGCGCGGCGGGUUCAGGCAGCUCGGGCAUGGGGCCGGCGCGCGCGCGCGACCCCGUGCCCGGCGGCGGGCCCUUCCUGCCGCCGCUCGCCUCGCCCGCCACCCCCACCCCCACCCCGCCCAGCAUACCCGACAUCAUCCUCACAGACCAUUCGUUCGCAGACUACUCGGAGGAGGCGGCGCUGCGCGCGGAGCUGGACCUAGACGACCUCACAUUGCUGGACCAGCCCGGCUCGCUGCUGCCCGACUCGGCCGUGGAGCACGAGCUGUUCGACCGCUUGUAGUACCCGCGCGCAGCCCAUACGCCCGCGAACACUGCGGGGCCGCCGGGGGGACUCCCUAAACUUCAUGACAAUUUGUAUCGUUUCAAGUCUGAGUUAGUGAACGUAGUCGGUGUAGCGUAGUGCGAGGGACGCGAGGGACACAUUCCCGGGCCGCCGUCUGAGUGAGUGUCUAUUGUGUUUUUAAAUGUUUUACUCAACUUUCAUAUUCGAGGGGUUAGGUGUAAUGUAGGCUAUAGAUUUUUUUAUUAAAAUCGAUUACUUUAUCGAUGAUUCUUGUACAGCAUGGAGUAAUUAUUUUUAAAUAAGUAUUGUGAAUAUUUACUCGAAUAUCAUUAGGGAAUUUGAUUCGGAUACGAUGGAGAUAUUUUCGUUUGUAUAGAGACCUCUUCGGUCGUCUCCUUAUACAUAAAUUUGGAAGUGUUCACUUUAUUAAAAUUGCAUUUAAAUCGCUAAUGUCGCAUGCUAGUGUAUCAGCGAAUGGCCAAGAAUAGUUAAAAAUUUACUGCUAUAAUUUUGGAUAAGAAACUUAAAUCUCUUUUGAUCUUGGUAAUGCGUUAUCAUUGUUCAUCGUUCGACGAUUGCUCAAGCGUUGUCUGGUCUAUUCGGAACCGGCGAGACGCCGAUGUAAGCAUUUAAACUUACCCCAAAGCAUGUCGUUUUGAAAUAUACAUAUUUAUUGUUGCACCACUUUUGUAUAACGUGCAACGUACAUGUGCCCCAAUUCCUAGUUAUUAUUCCACGGUUAAAUUUAUACUGUCGUUACCUUUUCAGCGUUAUAUCGCUACUACUAUUUUUCUUGCACGAUUGCGAGAUAAAAAGUAGUAGCAAUAAUGUAUAUUCCACGGCUCAUAAUUCAGGAAAGCUUUGUCAUGACAAAUUAAACACUUCUGUUUAUGAAAAUACAGAGCCCUAACACACAUAGCACGCUUAAAUGCAAGUUAUAUGUAGAAUAUCUAAUUUGUCUGCUUGACUGUACAUAAUUAUGAUUGGCACUGUGUGCCCUAGUUAUACUGUGGUUGUGUUCUUGUUUUUAUGUACUUUUUAUUUGUAAAGUUAAUGUUACCUACGUGUGUUCUGCCACUUGUCAUGACGGGGUUUCAGCCUAGCCGAUUGUAGCCGUAAUCUAGGUUUACUUGGCGUUUCUGUCCUUGUCAUAUUAUAUUACGAGACGAGAGACAUUAGAACAGUAACUAUCUACUAUCUAAUUUGGAGGCUCCUUUAUAACAUGUUGUCACUUAAUGAAUGCUUUUAUACAUAUUGUAUUGUACAGUCAACCAAUUGGAACCCUAGGCCACUCUACAACCAUGUCAAAAUGACAAGCAGUAAGAGAUUUCUCACAAUCUGAUUUAUAACGUCACUAUGACAUAGUUCUACAGUGGCCUAGGGUUCCAAUUGGUUGACUGUACCUACUAGGAACAGGGGAUGAUACGGAGGUUUUUCUCAAUGAAUUUAACCGUUUCAACAGCUAUGUAAAAAGCGUGAAACAGUAAACAUCAUGAAUAUAAAUAAAAAGUUAGGUACUGUUAGGUGAUGUCUUAGUUUCACAUUGUUGCACGAAAAUGAAGUUAGAAUCCACAAUUAUUUCUUACAUUCUCGUUACAGUACAUUUUACGUAGUAAUCACGUUACAAAACCGAUUUUUGAAUGGCUCUUUUUCACUAGCUAAAAACCAUGCAAUUGAGAAAGAUGUCAUGAAAUCUUUAGUAUGUCUACAAUUUACAGGGAUUCAAAAUUGUACUCUCGGUGAUCCCGUUCCGUUUUUCGGCCGGUGGCGUUCAUAGUAAUUAUAGAAUUGUUAUUAAAAUUUUAAUAAGCUUCUGUCGCAAACAUAUCUGUGUACUUAUGUGUGGUUGCGAGACUCGUUUCUGUGUGGAGGUCAAUUUUAGUAAGCACGUUAAUGAUAGGGUAAACGUAACUGACCACUUGCUAGAUGCUGUUCGACUUUACCGUCUCUCAUUCCAUUAUUAAGGGUCGGCCAUACUGUUAAAAAUACGGUGAUAGUACGGAAUGGUAAUGAUGCCACGAUUUUAUUGCUUAGCCUCCACACCGCUUCUAAAAUACGUUGAAGAUGCGGAAUCGUAGUGGGUGUGACGUGCUGUGGACAUCACGAAUUUGGCGCACGUUUUUUACACAUCUGCUGAGGAGAGUAGUUUCGUUUAAGGGAAAUUCGUGACGCUUAUAGCACGUCAUUGUUGUUCCGUACCGUGACCGUAUUUUGAGCAGUGGUGUGGCCGAUCCUUUUGAUUUUUACUGACUCCGGUACUUCGUGAUCUUCUCGUCAAAAAUAAUGCAUACUUUCGAAACUUUACUGCAUUGUAAUAUGGUAACGAAUGUAUACAUUACUUUGAUAUCAGCUCUAAUACUCACUACAGUGUUCGCCAAGUUCACGAAUGGCACACUGGGAGUGAUUCUCAAACAUUCGCGUUCUGAGUGUAUCUCUGACAACUUCAGAACGCUUCUUAGAUUAAACGUAGGAUUACAGUGGAAAAAUCAGUUGACAUCCACAUUACAUACAUGUUAAAUUUGUCAUGUAAAUUUUAUGUUUGUGUUGGGUAUGAAUACUCGAUACCUGUAGUACGCCGAAUUCGCAUCAGACCAUCCGAAGUUUGACUUUGUAUAGUUAUUAAGUUUUAAAUGUUUAUUGUAACAUUUUAACCCAAUGUACUCGCAAUAUUAAUUCUUUUUCGGUUUAUUAAAUAUGUAUUGUAUAUUGAUCGGUGUACUUGACACUAAAAGUACAAAUUAAUUUUAAAGUUUAAAUUUUUUUUAUAUAAAUAUUGCGAAUGCAGUGACGUUCAAGUAGGCACUUAUUGUUUCGUUUUGUGAAAAUGCUCAUUUUAUUAUUUUUUAAGAUUCUAGUCAGCAAGUUUUGAGUUCCAAACGAAAUAGAAAGUUCCGACAGCGACUUCCAUUCCAUUCCACGAUUUGAAUUUUGAUUGCGUACAUUGUGGGUGAGUUCAAUGCGGAAUGGUUCAGUAAAGCGUGGGAUACGGUGCAGGCAUACUUGUGUAGGACCAUUUUGAGACUAAGUACUCUACACUAGUAUGCUUCUUGUGAAAGAUACGUGCAAUUGUCAAGACUACAUUGACUAUAAAGUAAGGACUAAGUACAUAGAAUUUCGUAUAUUGACUCGCGUUUCCAUAUCUAUGGCACACAUAUGAUUUAGUUGUCUCGCUUACAGCGUGGGUCGGAGUGACUGUAUAGACGCUAGCGGCAUCUAUCCACUGCGACGUUGCACUCAAUAGAACGGGACACAUGAUAUAGUUGUCUCGCUCGUCUGGUGGCCUUGACCGCUGGCAUGUCCGGCAAGACACAACUAACAACUAUGCGUGUGUGAGAGAGAGAGAGAGAUAGCAACAGCCGGGUCAAUGUCCUUUCUUACUUUGCAUGCGCUACAGAGUAUGCCUUCGCCGUUUGCAAGUGAUGACAAUUUCAGUGUCUGUAUUUUUGUUAUGUGGUGUCGUUAUUGAUGAAGUGUAACCAAUAGGUCGCGCGAGUUACUACUGUAUGUCUUGUGGGCAUAGUUUUAUAGUUUCUUAUCAGAAUGAUUUCGAAACGUUAAGUGUACAGAAUUUAAAUAUAGCUUGCUUUUAUAUUCGAACUCGAAAGAAUCAAAGAACCAAAUGCUUAAUGUUGUUUAAAUUUUACUUUUUAGUUUUUAUUUUCACAGAUAUUGUUACAGUGGUCUAAAGUUUAAUUUCACCGCAAUAGUGACGUACUGUAUAACAGGUAAAUGUAUAAAUAGUUAUUGUAUCAUAAUUGUGAUAAAGGAAAAAAGCACAACAUUAAAUCGUUAGAGAAGCCUAAUCUGAUGGUAAAGUAAGGUUCUUUUCUUGAAAGUUCAUUGUAGUUUUUUCUAAAGUUGAUACUUUACGUACAUUUUAUGUACCUAAGAAUGUGUCUUAUUGGGCCUAUUCCUAGAAAUACCUAUAAUGUCGGACCAGGCUGAGUAGGCAGCGAUUUUGAUAGGGUAGACUUAGCACGUGAUAAGUACCUAAACGUCAUAAUUUAAUAGAAAUAUGACGCGGCACUGAAAUUUACGGUUUCAUGUGCUCUGCCUACCCCGUUUGGAAAUUCAGGCUUGAGUUUAUAUAUGUAUGGCGUCAAAAUCCUUCUUAACUUAGCUUGAUCUGACUAUUAAAAUAUAAAAUUGUUACUACUUAAAUGCUUUUGUCAUGUCAAAUGGCAAAUGAUGACUUCGAGGGUCACGCUGAAUAUUUCCGCAAUAAAACAACAAGUCAAUGUAUAAUUAUAAUUGAAAGCUCUUUUACACCGAAAUUGAGUUGGAUUUGCCUUAAAAUAAAUGAGCUAGGAAAGUAGUUAUAGGUCCGGAAAUUUACAACGCGGCCCGCGCGUAUUUCUAGGAAUGGGGCCAGUUUGAUAAUGUAGGCUAAAAGUCGAGGGUUAACCAAUAUGGAUAAGGUGCAAUAUGAUUUUAUAUGUUGAAAUUUGAUGGACAUGGUUACAUGGUUCAUUGUAUUAUAUCUCGUUUGUAAAAUAAUAAAAAAAAUGUUGAAACUA